AUGGAUGCUGAGGGAAGUCAGGUAGUUGCUAUCAAACUUGAUUGGUCCAACUACACAACUUGGGCUUAUUUGAUGAAAAAUUAUCUUAUUAGCAAGGACGCUUGGAAAUAUGUUGAUGGAACUCUUGAGAAACCGGUUGAAGGGAUUGAAAAUUAUGCAGAACUUUUAUCUGAAUGGGACACGGUCAAUGCUAAAAUACUCACUUGGAUUAACGACUCUGUGGGACCGUCAAUCGCAAGAGCGUUCACUAAAGUCAAUAUUGCUCGGAAGUACAAGUUGGAGAAUUUCUUGCGAGGAUUAGUUCAGGGCGACAGAAGCGUUCCAGAAUUUUACUCUCUGAUGACAAGAAUAUGGGAUCAGUUGGCUACGAUGGAGCCACCAGAAUUAACAAGUUUGGACUAUUAUGUAAAGUUCCGGGAAGAGCAACGCUUGUUCCAGUUCCUUGUGCCUUUGAAACCAGAAUUUGAGCCUUUAAGAAAACAGAUUUUGGUUAGGUCACCACUUCCAAGUGUAGCUGAUGCUGUGAAUGAGCUCAUUGCUGAAGAACCUAGAUUACCAAUAGGCAUUUCAAAGAAAGUGGGAAGCCAUUGCCGUGCUAAUCCUUGUCUCAUUCCAAAUCAAGUACUUCCUAAUGAGAUGAUAUGGGAAAUCCUGACAUAG